GCUACGGUUGGGAAUGCAGACAUGGGGCGGGGAUACAAGUCAGAUCGGAUUCGCCGCCAUGUCGCCGCCGCUCGCCGGCGAGGGCCAAGCCAUGCCACGUUGCCGUCGCCCCCUGCAACGUCGGCGGAAGGCGCGCUCUGUACCGCCGUCGAAAAAGGUCAUCUCCGAGGCGGUCAAGACGUUGAGGCUGUCGCAUGAUGUAUUUCACUGUCGUUUCCGUCAUGUGCCGUUGUCGUGGAGUGGGCGAUGCUGGGAGGCUGGAAUUCUCGGCAAUCUCGGCGAGCACGAGGAUUACCUCAACUAGACGUGCUUGUAGUUUCUCCACAAAGCCAAUGCGGCUCCUCCCAGGCAGCAGCGAUCAAUUCCAAAUUUAAGCUUGAUUGGCAGUAG